AUGGAUCUUUUCAGAGUAGAGAGGUACAUGGGAGAGGGUGUAGACCAGGAAAAUCAACAGGGUGAAUCGUUAAGGUUGACACGACUGCAACGCGACAUUGAUAAUCGAAAAAGAAAGAGAAAUCUUGAAGGCAAGCACGUGUCUUCUGGUAAUGAGUCGAAGGCUUUGGACCUUCAGCAUCGUUUGUCGGAAGUGCAAGGAGAGGGAGCUGAGAAAGCUAAGAAUAAGAAAACAAAAUUCGCCUCAAAAGGGCACAAAUCAAAGAAGAAAAGGUCUUUGAAUGACGACAAUGAUGAGGCAACAUCAAAAUGUCCAAUCAUGGAAGUUUCUGAUGAUUAUGCGUCUUUGGAGAAUGAGUCAGUGGAAAAAAGACCAAAAAAGAACAAGGUGAAAGGUUCUAAAAACAAUAUUAAGGCAAAGAAACUUUCGACGGACAGCUUAAUUACAGAAGCUUUAGAUGACGAUAUUGAUAUUUUUGUUGGUUCAGACUCUUUGUCUGAAAAUUCAGGAGAGAAAAAUGGUAAUAAAAGGAAGGAAAAGAAAUCUAAGAAAAAACGGAACACGACGUCUACCAUUAAAGGUGUUACUGCAGAAGAUCAUGUGGAGCGAAAAGCUGAGGUAUCUGUUGAUUCAGAGGUGAAAAUGGUUGUAGAAAAAGAGACAGACAUUGAAAGAGAAGAUGUUGAACAUGGUGAAAUUUCUCUAGACAUCCCUCAAGAAAAGCUAGCAGAAGAUAACAAAGAAACAGGAUUUACUGUUAUUGGUGGACAUAAGAAGGUCAAGGAAGCAAAAAAGGUGCAAAGGAUGUUACCCAAGUGGAUUGCAAACCCUGUAAUUAUAAGCUCAGACUUUGAAAGUGCUAUUCUUCCAGUGGAACAAAUUCCUUACCUAGAUCCUUUUAUAAUUAAUAAACUGCAAAAGCAUGAUAUAAAUCACUUAUUUCCUGUACAGAGCACUGUGAUCCCUUCUAUUUUGUCACAGAUGGAAAAUUACAGCUUUUUUGGCAGGGGUGGUUACCAACCUAGUGACAUCUGUGUGUCUGCUCCUACAGGAAGUGGUAAAACUCUGGCUUAUGUAUUGCCCAUCAUACAAAGCCUUCUUCAAAGAGUUGUGUGCCACUUGCGAGCCUUAGUCAUACUUCCAACCAAAGAUCUUGCAAAUCAGGUCAAACAGGUUUUUGAAAUGUUUACAGAAGAAACAAAGUUAAAGGUGGGUCUGGCUUCCGGAUCAAAAUCGUUUUUAAAAGACCAGGAACAGCUUGUUAAUCAUGGGUGAGUUUCUUUUAUACUUUGUUUUAUGUUAUCAAGUUUCAGGCUCGAUUUCCAGCCACUGUUUGUGAAAAUGAGCCUGCACUCUUCCCCUUGAAAGAGUAUCUCUUCAUGGAGGAUUAUUGACUAACCCAGGAGACGGCGGAAGUCGAGCCUAAUAAAAUUUGAGUGAUGAUGUUACAGUGCACCAGGGAAAACCUUGAACACUUGAAAUAUCUCAGGAAUGCUAUUGUCUUGCAAGGAAAAAGUCAAUCAGGUGUGAGAAAACUAUACCGCAAGCAAGAACGUUAACUAGUUUUUUUGUUUUGUGGCCAGUCUUUACUGUGAUUGGUCAUAACACAAUAAAAAUUCCUGAGAUAUUUCAACUGUUGGCGGUUUUCCCAGUCACACUGUAAUUUAAACCCAUCACCAAUAGUUGGAGUGGGGGAAAGGUGCCUGAACAAACUGAGGUGCCACAAACAAGCGGCGGAAGGUAUCCAUGACAACCGCUGUGAGUGAAAUGAUUGACCUUAGCAAAAGCACUGGAAAGUCACUAGAGCCUUGCAAAUGCCUGAGACAGCUGGUCAGUGAUUUUAACCUUGCCUAAAUUAAUUUAGCCACGUGAAAUAGGUUUUUCAUUUGAAAUGAGGCUAAAUAAAAUUAGUGCAAGGUUAACCCAGAACAGGCUCUAUUUUUGAGGAUGGGCUCUGUGAGGUUGCCUCUCAUACAAAUUGUAGCAUAUAGGGCUUCUAUGCUGUUUUCAGAGGAUGAUCUACAAUACCUCCCCCGCCCCUCAAGGGAACCUCCCCUUUUCCUCUUCAAGGAAAGAAUUUGUAUGUAAAGGAUGAACUUACAUGUAACAUUAUUCAUUGCCGUGAUGUCACAUGUACACACCUGUCACUGUGUUUUGCAGUUCUGUUGGAGGUAGCAGCCGUGUUGAUAUACUUGUCUGUACUCCUGGAAGACUGGUUGAUCACAUCACAUCUACUCCACACUUUGUUCUUCAUCACGUACGGUUUCUUGUGAUUGAUGAAGCAGAUCGAUUGUUAGAUCAGUCCUAUCAUGGCUGGCUGGGAAAAGUUCUCAAAGCUGCAUAUAACAAGCAAUAUACUGCAGAAGGUCCCAUCAGUAACAACAGGUACAGGCAUCCCAAAAAAUUUAUUUCACCAACAAAGAAGCCUUGACUGUGCUCUGUUCAGUAGUAACGCACAAGGAAGCAGACACACAAGAACUUUUUGGGUGGGGAUGUGCUGCUGGGACCCUGGAACCCUUAGCCUAUACCAGAGUUACUUCAAGUGAAUUUUGCUACCCCAUACUAGACUAAACUCCCCAAAUUUCCCCCUAUCCUAGAGUAGCUGUUUUCCAGAAACAAGUGAGGUCACUAGCACAGUCCAGCCAAAACAAAAGCGAUUUGAUUUUUUUAUAUUCUUGAGUGGUAAUUCCCGGUUUCCCUAGUCUAGACUAAAAUCUUCAGCGAAUUGAUCAGUUUAAAUGGAAAAUGAUACCCUCUUCUAGACCCAAACGCUCUGAUUUAUAUACCCUAUCCCAGAGUAAACUGCUUAAAAACCAUACCCUUCACAGUGGCACAUACCUAUAUAUGGCAGUACCGCCCCCCUCCCCGGGUAUACAAGUCAAGUCAUUAGUCAAGGAAAGGUCCAUCAGUGUCUAUAAUUCUCAAAGCUACAUGGAAAGUAUUAUACCUUGUGGACCAGUGAUGAGAAAUUGCUUGCUGUAAACCAUAGACAGGACUUGACUAUUCUGGUCUGGCCUUUUGUGUUCAGUUAACUAUUCCUUUUUCCUUCUGUUAUUUUCUUUUUCUGACACUAAACAGGUAUGCCAUUUUGAGCUAUGGAAACUACCCAGCCUCUUGACUGGUCUAGGGUACAGGAUCUCAUAUUUUUUGUCUUUUUCAUGCAUUUAGCUCCAUAUUUUGUAACCUUCAAACAGUCAGGAAUCCCCCUGGCCAGCAGACGGUUGCAAGUUUCAGUACCAUUCAGCUGCCUCUGCAAAAACUGCUGUUCUCUGCAACAAUGACCCACAGCCCAGAAAAACUUGCUCCACUACAGCUUUAUCAACCAAUGUUGUUUACUGGUAUGGGAAAUGUCAAUCAGAGAGACCAAAGAGUUUCUCCUUCAGGUAUUUGGCAGUUAAUACAGUACCAAAAUAAAUGCUGACUGAAAUAUGUACUUGGCACUAUUUCUUGCAAAAGUGGUUAGUAAUUGAACCCAAAGCCCCACAUGACUUCUGACCAAUAAUUAGCACCUUCACAUUGCUGUGAAUUUGCACAUGAAAUAAGGGAGAAUUUGAACUUCAGCUUCACUUUACUUAGGUUUUUUAAAAACUGUCCAUGCACACAAAAUGGAAAAGGUAGUUGAGGUGUACUGGGUUUCAAUGGUUUUGUUACCUCACUACCGGAAGACUUCUUUACUGUGAAACUCAGAAAAACAUGAUCGCCAGAAGUAUUUUUGGAAUAUUAUUGUGUUGAAGGAAAUUUAAAGCCAAUCAGGUAUGAGAAAACUAAAUUGCAAGGACCAACAGUAAUUAGUUUGUGUAUUUGUGGCUUGCUUAUGUGCCUUGAUCCUUUUAGUGAUUGGAUACAACACAAUAAACUAUCCUGAAAUAAUUCAGGUAUAAAUUUACAGUUUUCUGAGUUUGACAGCUAACUGUUAGAUUCUCUUUGCAAUUCUCCUUAAACACAUGAAUGUUUGUAAAACAGAAUGAGAAUUUGGAAUCAGAUCAGGAGUCAUUUGUAGGCUAUUUUCUUGUGCACUCUGCCAAUUUAUUGUCUACUGCAGGGCCAUAGAAAGAUGUUUAGAACAAAAGAGGCAACUGUAUUGAGCACUAUAGAUGCAAGUGUCCAGGACACCCUUAAACAGUAACUUUAUCUGGUUAAAACACUAGCAAGUGUCAGUACUCUUCUUGAGAGACUUAACAAAAUGUCUGUCAGGUAGUGAGAAUUAGAAUGCAAAAAAAACUUAUGUCCUAUUUUAUAGUAGUAAUUGUACCUAAACAGUCUUUGUGUCAGCCAUUAUUUAUGUAUAGUAGGAAGUGUAUUUUGUGUACUUGUAGUAGUAUUUUUUUAUAUUAGUAAUUUUACCUAAACUGUUUUUGUGUCACCCAUUAUUUAUGGAUAGGAGGAAGUUGAUUUUGUGUACUUGUAGUAGUAUUUUAUUGGUAUAGAUGUAGUAGUGCUUGGGCAAAAAAAAAAAGGAAAAAAAAAAAAAAACUGGGAUAGCCUCAGUGCUAUGAAAAUACGUAUUUGUUUACUGAGGAAUAGCAGCGUGACAUGCAGAUCGAGACCUCUAAGGCCAGUGACACCUGAGCACACUAAUAGUAAUAUGUGUUAUCAAUUAAUUUGCUACUGUUGCUUCAAAACUUAAUGACAGCCUUGACGUGUCAUUAUCUCUUAGUUUCCACAGACCCCUCUGGCACUUCAGUGCGAUACAGCAUUCCAGAGGGCCUGACAGAAUACAUGACAGUUUGUAACAGUGGAGAAAAACCCUUGGCAGUGUUGUACUUCUUAACACAGCUCAGGUUUCAGCGAGUUUUGUGUUUUGCAUCAUCACUGGAAGCUACACACAGGUACAGUAGGUCAACACCAGCCUGCAAAAGCAGACAUGAUGCUAGUUGUCACUUGGCUUGUUAGCACCUUUAACCCUUUUUUGUUCCGAUAGUGACCCACAUCCAAUUUCUCCCAACAAUAACACUGCCUGAUCAAACAGACAGGUCAUGAGAAUGAAUGAAAUGAUCCCCAAAUAUGAAAUGUUGUGAUGUUAGAACAAAUUCUCUCCAGCAGUACCAUAAGGAAUGUAUGAAGAACAGUGUGGAGAAGAUACAUGUUAAUGAUGGGGCUUAAAGGAUCAAAUUAACAUGUGCAACCCAUGCCACUGAGCAAGUUCUGUGUUGUACAAAUUGUUAGCUGUGAACAGUUUUACUCUUACAGCUGUACAUUACUUUUUGGGCAGAGAGAAGCAACAACCAGAAAUACAUCUGCAGUCACAGACUAUGUUGAAAUUUACCAUUGCAAUACGGUAGAACCUUUGAUACAACAAAUGAACCUUUAUAUAACAAAGUCCUCAGAAUAAGGAACAAUUUUCUUUUCCACAGUAAUAGUGAGAUAUAUGGAAAAGAACCUCAAUAUAAUAAAACCUCGUUAUAGCUUCAAAUUUUGUCAGUCCCUUGGCAACCUCAUUCCCAGGGCUCUCUCCUACCCAUCCCUACAGAGCGAUGGAUAGGAGAGAGCCCUGGGAAGGAGUUUGGGUUCCACCAUAGGUAUUCAAAAGAAAGUUUUUGACCCAAAAUUAAAUUUUUUAAAAUACUAAAAUGCUAAUAUUGCAUCCUGUGAAAAGUACAUGUACUGUUGAGGAGGUUUUAGUACAUUUAAUUGUGGGUGUAACACAAGGUGAAAAAAAGUUGGAGCUCCAAAAAUUAGUGACUGUAGAAUUGCAAUGAUGAUAAAAUCUAAAUAGACCUGUAUUUUGCUUUGCUCUUCUGUUGCCCCAAUGUGGAUUUAGUAAGCAUUCUUUUUUAAACUGGUUCUUCUUGUGCACUCUUUUUCCCAGGAAGAUAGAGUUCAGAUCUCAGGGUCAGAGCGAAAAUUGUUAUUACAGUCAAUACUGUUAAUGUGGACUCUAAGAGGGCCAUAGAAAUUGUUGGUAUUAACAUGGUGUCCAUAUUAAGCAGGUUGAAUUUCUUUGCCCAGAAAUUAACAAACCUGUCCGUACUAAGCAGGGUUUGAUUUAAAUAUUAUUUUCCUACCUGUAGGCAAGACAGCCUAAACUGUCUGCUUUGGACCACAAACCAAAAAUGAAAUCUUUUUAUUUUCAACAGACUGUAUCUUCUUGUCAAGCUCUAUGGUGGAGUAGAAGUUGCCGAAUACUCCUCUAGUUUGACACCACAACAGCGUAAGGCGGUCCUCAGAGAUUUCCGAUCAGGCAAAGUUCAGCUUCUCAUCUGCUCAGAUGCCAUGGCAAGAGGAAUGGACAUAGAGGAUGUGUUGUUUGUGAUCAGUUAUGAUGUGCCCAACUUUAUCAGGAGUUAUAUUCAUCGUGUGGGUAGGACGGCAAGAGCUGGGAACAAAGGUAUGUACUAUACUACACAGGACUCCAAGCUGACUGCUGGAUAUCACACACAUCAGACAAUAGCUCAAUGGCAGUCAAGUGAAAUUAAACUAAAGGAAUAACUUCAAAGCUAAGGUUGUCAUUUUAAGUGUUCAAAGGUCAUUUCCUGGCCAAUAUACUGGUUUUUUUUUUUUUGCUUUUUGUACUUACCAGAAAACUUUUAUUCAAGUUUAUUGUGUAUUUUUGCUUCUUUAUGUUUACCAGGUACUGCCAUCACACUUUUACACAGUGAAGAGGUACAUCAUUUCAGAGAACUGAUAAAAAAAACUGGGCGUGAAAAGAUCCCAAAAUAUAACAUAAAAGAAGACAAACUUCAAUCGAUGGUGGACAAAUACCAGGAAACGCUGGCAAGACUACAAGAUACUGUCAAGUUGGAGAGUCAAAAGAAAUCACAGCCAAGAGGAAAGCAACAAAUAACAAAGUUGUUACAAGAACAGUUAAUGAACAAUCUUGAACAAAAACGGUGAAAUACCGGCAAAAUGUUGGCUUCGGUGAGCCAGCAGACAGAACAAACUGAAUUAUUCUUUAUAGAGGCAGCAAAAAUUUCAGGAGAUGAUAUCAAUGGC